AGUUUUACAAGUUUUUUUAUAUAAAGUUACAUAUUCAUUUACCAAUGUUCUCAUUUUAAUAGUAAUUUCACUAAAGUGGUUUUGGUUUGUUUUCUUUUUUGCUCUUGGAAUUGGAAGUAGCUGCAUCGUUUUUAAAUUUCCAGGUCUUCAGUUACCGGAUUCUCAAGAAUUCCAACUUUUUGACAGUUCACAUUUAUUUGAGCAAUACGAUUUAGUGUAUACAAAACGAUUUAGAUUUGAAAAUGUUAAUCAGGAUGAUAAUAGCGAGUUACUUCCGUUACGGUUUGUUUGGGGUAUUUUGCCAGUAGAUAAUGGAAAUUAUUUAAACCCUGAAUCAAGAGGAGAUCUAAUAAUAGAUGAUAGUUUUAAUAUUAGUGAUCAAAAAUCACAAAUUUGGUUGCAAAAUUUUUGUAAAAAUUUACGAGUGCAAUCGUUUUAUCAAAAUACUCCUGGACCACUUCUACCAAAUUGUUUUAUCGAGUCACUUCAACAUUGGAUGGAACGUCGAUGCGAAGAUCCAAUUGAUUCAGCAAUAAAUCGAUCACCUUGUUGUGAAAAUAGUACUUUUCCAUAUAAACCAAAUAUACUUAAUCGUUGUACUGCAGAAGCUAUAGCAGAAAUUCAUCGUACGCCUUCACAUCUCUGGAAUUUUAAAUCAUCACAGAUUUCUCACACUGCAGGUGUUAAGUUUCUUAAGAAUAAUAUGAGUGUUUUUUAUUCUAAUGAAAAAAAUAAUAGUACUUUAAUGUCUUCAAAACUCACUUUUGAAAUUCAAGUAGUAAUUGUUGAAUACGAUAGUAAUAUUCCGUUUUCAAUGUCUUUCGCAGAAAUGAAUAAGUUUUUUAAUCAGGUUUGAGUUUAUAUAUUUGUUUAUUUUAGUGAUCUAUUGAUACUAUUAAAUGUGAUUGAAUUUAGGUCGAGACUUGGAUGCAAGAUCAGCUUUCAACAGCACCUCAUGGCAUGAAAAAUGGUUGGUUUGUAAGUGAUUUAGAAUUUUAUGAAUUACAACGAACGCUUUAUGAGGGUACAAUAUGGUCCAUAAUUGUAUCAAUGAUUUUAACUCUCUUUAUUUUGGCCUUUGUCACUUUGAAUCCAAUAAUUAGUUUAUUCGCAAUCUUAUCUGUUGGAAUUACGAUUGCCAUUGCCGUAGCUGGACUAAUAUUUAUUGGAUGGAAACUUAAUGUUUUGGAAAAUAUCACUAUUUCGACAGCUAUUGGUCUUGCUGUUGAUUUUAAUUUACAUUAUGGUGUUAGUUAUCGUAUAAAUACUGCCAAUAAUCGACUCGAACGAGUUAAAAUAGCUUUGGAACAAAUGAGUGGACCGACAUUAAUGGCUGCUCUAACAACUAGUGUUGCUGGUGCUCUUAUGUUACCUUCACAAGUCUUACCUUACAUUCAAAUUGGUAUUUUUCUAGUACUGAUUAUGGGAGUAAGUUGGAUAUGCGCAACUUUUUUUUUCUGUCCUUUACUUUCUAUUGGUGGCCCAUCUAAAUUUUUGCAAUUUGAUUCUUUAAGGUUUAAUACAUCACUUCUCCAUUCAAAAAAAAAUAAAAAAUUGACAACGAUUGUAAAUGAAUCUAUUGAACUACCUAUAAAACAAAAGAAAUCUACCGAAAUAUCAAUAGCAGAAACGAGGAAUAAUACAAAUAAGGAAUUUCAAUUUCAUCGUGAUUCGUCAUUACCCACAUUUACUCGUUCGAUCAUUCAUAACGCUGAGAUUCAUUACACAAUAAGCAAUGGCGAGAGACCUGAUCUGGACUCAUAA